AUGCUACUCACGAUCAAGGGCCUACUGACCCGCGGCAGACCAAUCGCCAACGCAGAAGAAAGAAAUCAGCAUGAGUCAAACUCGAAUAGUCACAACCCACCUUCAAUUCCGUCAGCAGCAACAGCGAUCUCCACCCUCCAAAGCGACAAAUGCGUCAGCAAAGACUCUGCCAAAUUUCGGUUUGCUUCAAUCCCUCCAGAAGUGGUCCUUGGCGGGAUCUCAAAUCAACCUCCUCCUCCUCCUCUCCCAUCUUGGGGCAACAAGAACACCCCCAAAACCACCACUAAGAAGAAAUAUCGCAUUUCAAUGCGAGACUUCCUCAAGAGCGAUGACUACGAUCAUGAUAACGAUAAUGAAGAAGAAGAAGAAAGGGGUUCUGUGAUUUGGGUUCAAAGGAUUGUUCCAUCGCCUCCUCCUCUUCUUCCUACCGAGCUUCCAAUCUACGAGAUGAACAUGUCCGCUAAAUACCAACUAGCUCGACGACCUGCUGUUAGAAGGAGAAGCAACAGUCCACUCGGACUGCAGUCUAAUCCACUACCAUCGCUCAUCAACCCGGGCCAUCGGGCUCUGGAGCUGUUAGGACAGCUUAGUAGUGAUGGAGGUAGUACUGAUAAUACAGAUCAGAAUGAUGUUGAUAGUGGUCGGAUGAGGAGGAGGAGGAGGAGCAGCAGUAGAGAGAGAGACCAUUCAGGACUUCCACCACUAGAGUGUCAGAAGACGAAGACGACGACGACGAUGCAGGAUUCUUCUUUUGGGAGGGAACCUGAAGCGGUAGAUCCUCGGCCUCCUUUGGUGGAUACUACUGCUACAUCUACCUCUUUCGCUCCCUCACUCUCUCCCUUCCCUUGUAUGGCUGCAUCAUCAUCAUCGUCAUCUGGAGAACACGACGAAGAUGACGAUGAGAAGCUGAUGGACACCAUCCUCGACACGAAAAUAGAAGAAAGCUCGCCGCAGCAACAGCAACAGCAAACAGCCGAACCUCAAGUGUACAUUCGUUUGUGGAAGGAUGUUAUUGUUCGGCAAGAGAAGAAGGAUGCCGCGAGGAUAUUCGGAUCCUCUAGCUGCGGGAAGAGGGUAGCUGGGGUAGCUGCGGGAAUGGGCAAUCGGGGAUAA